AUGAUCCUCGACGACAAAACCAUCAUGGCUCUCCCACCUCCUCCACCAUACCUACCCUCCAAUAACCCCUUUAGCCACCCCACACCUGGAGCGCAGUCCCCCGCCAACCCGCCACCAUCGUUUUCGGAGGCGCUAAACUCUCCGACGUGCUCCCACACACCAGGUAGAGCCUUGAAACUCUCCUCGCUUCCUCCGCACAUCCUCCCUGCAGUCGUUUACAACACUUUCCCUACGCACCCUUUAAUCGACACUCUAUUGGCAUUCUAUAUCGCCUGCAUGCACGUUUUGCGGUCCACCUACCUACCGGCGUAUACUUCGCUUCUUCGCCCUUACUAUUCGUCCGACCCAUUCCCAUCCACCCCCGUGCCUCAAGCCCAUGGCAGCACUUUGAACACUGUUCAAAGGGAAACACCGAUCCUGGACCAGUUCAUUGCGCUUAAAGUCCGCGAGGAUGUGUUUGCGGAUGAUUCGGAGCUGCAUCUGGAGCGGGAGGAUAUGUUCAAAGACAUCUUCGACCACAGUCAGCCCAAGGCGAGGUUAGAAGACCUCGUUCGAAUCUACGGCGUCAAAGAGGGCGUCGUCACCCUCGCCCCACCAGGCGUUGUAACGUAUACCUCGACGUCGACCUCCUCCAGCUCGUCGAAAGACACAGUAAUGCCUGCACGACCGAACAUGCCACCCCCGUCUCCUGGAGGAAGCACGGGGCGAUCCUCAACUUCCCGCUUCUUCUCUGCCUUCAUGCGAUCAUCCUCGUCCCGUUCGAAAUCCAAGUCUCCGUCUCCACCACCAACAGCACGUCAAUCUGCAACUACAAAACGGAAGAUCCGCCCUGUGCCUUUUGCACUGCUUUCGGUCACUUUCAGCACGAGGAAGGUUGGGUUGCAACUGAUGAGUACGGAGACGGGCGCCAAGAGGACUAUUGUGGAGGUGCAGCGAAUGUCUCGAGACGAGAACCUUGAAGCUGCGGCGUCACGGAUCGUUGCAGAGUUGAAAGGGCUGCUGUUGAGUUAA